UCUCUUCUCUUCUCUUCUCUUCUCCACCUUUACGCUUCACCCACCCACCCCCAGAAAAAAAAACCCCUAACCGCCCAUCGCCGCCGUCGCAAUUCAAACACUCAUGGGUCACGAGCUAGUGCCCUCCACCGCCACACCCCCAGUCCUAAAACCUCCGGCCGCCCCAACUGCUCUCGCUCCCGGCUUCCGAUUCCACCCCACCGAUGAAGAGCUCGUCAUUUACUACCUCAAACGCAAAGUCUGCCGGAAACCCUUCAAGUUCAACGCGAUCUCCGAUGUCGAUAUCUACAAGAGUGAGCCGUGGGACCUCGCUUGUAAGUCGAGCUUGAAGAGUAGGGACCAGGAGUACUAUUUCUUCAGUGCUUUGGAUAAGAAGUAUGGAAAUGGGGCAAGGAUGAAUAGGGCUACGAAUUUAGGGUACUGGAAGGCCACCGGGAACGAUAGGCCGGUGAAGCACAAUGGUAAGACUGUUGGGAUGAAGAAGACGUUGGUUUUUCAUAGCGGUAGAGCCCCGGAUGGGAAGAGGACUAACUGGGUCAUGCAUGAGUAUAGGCUUGUUGAUACGGAUGUGGAGAAGCCUGGAAAUGCUGUUCCUCAGGAUGCGUAUGUGCUGUGUAGGGUCUUUCAUAAAAGUAAUAUUGGACCACCAAAUGGGCAUCGAUAUGCACCUUUUAUUGAGGAGGAAUGGGACGAUGAGAAGCUAACUUUCAUUCCUGGAGAGGUGGCUAGGGACGACAGUCACGACACAGUAGCUGCUCAUGAUUCUAUUGGAAAUAAUCGGGAUGUAGUUAUGCUAGGAAGUGGUCAUCAUUCCGUUGGAGGAUACCGUCGUGAUGUAGUUACGGUAGGAAAUGACCCAGCUGUUGGAGGAAAUCAUCGUGAUUUCCUCAUGAUGGGAAAUGGUCUUGGUUCAGUAGGUGGAGGGAAUCAUCGUCAUACAGUUAUGGCAGGAAAUGGUCAUGAUUCAGCUGUUGGAGGAAAUUGGCGUGAUGCAAUUGUAAUAGGAAAUGGUCACCAUUCAGUUGUUGGAGGUGCUACUCGUGAUGCAGGUGUAAUGUCAAAUGGCGGUUGUGCACUUGUUGUAGGAAAUGGUAAUGAUAAAGUUGUAGGAGCUGCUCGUUAUGCAGCUAUUGGAGGAAAUGGUCAUGCUACUGCCUGUAUCGAACACGAUGUUCAUGAUUCUCUGGAUAUUGAUAAAAAAGAUCAUGUUGCUGUGGUUGUUGAACAGAAAGAGAAUGCUUCUGCAAGUGUUGAACAAAAGGAUCAUAAUGUCUGUCUUGGAGGAAAUGGUCAUGGCCCUUCUGUUGAUGGACAUGUUCAGGAGACUAUGAUGGAAGUAGAUGAUCAUGGAAAUACAAAUGAGGGAAAUGUUCAUAAAAGCAUUGAAGGAAAUGGCCUCGAGGGGCGCAGUGCAGGGAACUAUGUCAUGCAGGAUACUCAGACAAUCAGCAAUGCUCUUCUCAGUGCUACUGAACUUCCAAAAGACGAUCAAACUGUUUUAAAGCCAUGCAAGAUAGAGAAUCUGGAUGAUGAUCCUGUGACAUGUGUAGUUAAUCGGGAAGAGAGAUUGGAUGAUUACCCAUCACCGCGUACAGAUGAUCCACAACCUUUGCUAUCACUGUUCAAUCAGCAGCCUGGAAUACUACGCCAAUAUAAGAGGCGGAGGCAUAAUGAAUCAAAUUCAAACCGUUCAAAUGCCUCUGAGAUUUCAAGUGGGUUGACUCAUGAUCCUUGUUCAUCUACGACAACCACAGCGUCAACAGAGGCAUCAGUGACGGCAACGACAAAAAGAAAUUUUCUGUCUGCAUUGGUGGAAUUCCAACUGUUAGAAUCCAUUGAACCCAAAGAUAAGACUCCAGUUGCCCCACCUGAAUUUAAUGCUGCUCUGCACAGUUCUUCUGUGCCUUCUAGCUGCUUGAAAUUCAUCGAGAGUUUGCAAAAUGAGAUCCACAAGAUUUCAAUUGAGAAGGAGACAUUGAAAUUUGAAAUGCUGAGUGCCCAAGCCGUGAUUAAUAUUCUGCAAUCUAGAAUUGAUCUUCUGACCAAGGAGAAUGAGGACCUGAAGAGGAAUGCCGGGGAGGCCGAGUGAUGGUAGUCCAUAUGUGUAAUCCUGUUGUUCUUCGUUGUAUGAGUUAUAGGCCCCCGUAAGGGCCUUGUUUAGUAACCUACAACCGGUAUGUUUUAUUUAUCUAGUCGAGAACUUACUUUCUAAGAUUGAACAAUGUUGUAACAGUAGCAAAGCUUGUUGUAAUAGUAGCGAGCAGAACCAUGUUGUAUCUC